AUGGCUUCUAAUCCACCCAACCCACCUCCUCUAUCUCCAGCAUACCCCAAGUCGCGACUAUUAAGGUCAAUUGCCCGCCAUGUUUCCGCGCCCAUCGACCCCUCAGUGCGCGAAUCCGAGCACCAUUCUUCGCCAACUCCAAAAACGUCUCUUCUGCCACCCACUUCCAAGCACAGUCUCCUAAGCGAACUAUCGCUGGCCCAAUCCGUUGCCAGUCGCCUGCGCCGCGACCGCGACACCUGGCGCACACUAGCCGCGGAGCGAGCGCAAGACCUCGAAAGCACAUACCAAAGCCUACAAGAGCAAGCGCGUAUGCUCAGCUCGAUCCUGGAGCGCAGUCUCAAGCUGCAGGCCGAAUGCAAAGCGACUACAAAAAGCACUGCAAAACUGUAUUCCCAAGUCACGCGUUUCAAGACAAAGCACGAGAAGCUUAUAGCGGAUCUCAACGACGCCAAGUGCACAAUCGUCCGGCUAAGGCGAAGCGAUAGGUCAAAGGAUAAGGUGCAGCAGCAGAAUCUCAGGCUGAAAGCGCUGCUGCGGAUAUGUAGUUUGAAGGGCAGCACCGCAGUGGCAACAUCUACGCAUCCAGUCACUGAUGCUGAGACUGCGCUGCGCGAGGCGCUAGGUCUAGCUUUGGAACGCAUUGAUGAUCUAGAAGGUAGUGGUAGCGUUUUACUCGAUGAACUGGAGAAACAUAAUGACAAUGGCGACGACGACGCAGCUGAAAGUGGCACAAGGUUGAUAGAAGCACAGGUCGUGUUCCGCAGUAUCCUUGACGACGGGUUCUGCAAAGAGCAGAAAGAAUCGUGGGGCGCUUUGGUGGAAAAGGGUGACUGA